CUCACCUUCGUCGUGCGUGCGUAUCGGCUUUGUGGCGCGGCGUGGCUAGGGCUAGCUGUUGACGUUGUGAGAGGUGCAUGGACAACGUACACUGUACAUAUGUAGCUGUACUGUCGAACGGGCGUAGCGGCAUUUCCGGUAAACUACCACUGCUUGCAUGUGGGCUGUCUCGUGACCUUAGCAUAGCAUUGUUAACUUGAAUUCUUUCGUAGGCCUACAAUCAAAAACAGACGGAUUUUUGGACCAUCCUUGCAAGUUACAACCAGACCAAGCCUUCAUAACACAGUGCGACAGGAUUAGACAUUAGUUAAGUAAUACGUAAGACGUGUGGGCAGGUAUCUGGUGCCUGAUACGUCUUAGUAAGUCACUUGCAAAAAUGCUGACAGCCAAAAGUCUCUGCAUUUCUCUGCAUUGUGUGCUGCUCCUACAUAUAAUCACCAGCACCGCUGCCGAGUUACCUUUCCGGAACGUCUCCUUGUCCUGGGAUGAACGUCUCAACGACCUCAUCCCCAGGCUCUAUCUGGACGAGAUUGCCUCACAGAUGACCCGGGCUGGCUACAAAGAGAACGGCCCAACGCUACCCAUCCCUAGGCUGGGUAUUGGCCCGUAUAACUGGGUCACUGAGUGUCUACGAGGGGAUGUUGAAUCAGGGAAUGCAACUUCAUAUGCAAUGCCUAUUGGUCUAGCUGCUUCAUUUAGUGUUGACCUACUCACGGCAGUUGGCACAGCAACAAGCAUAGAGGUCCGCGCCAAAUACAACAACUACACAAGCCAUGGAAUAUACAAAGACUUUGGUGGACUGAGCUGUUUUAGUCCCGUCAUCAAUAUUGUGAGGCAUCCCUUGUGGGGAAGGAUUCAGGAAACCUAUGGCGAAGAUCCUUUCAUUUCGGGAGAAUUAGCUAAGGCAUAUGUGGCUGGUCUGCACGGGGAUCACCCACGCUAUGUCCGUACAAGCUCUGGCUGCAAGCACAUCUUUGCCUACGACGGACCUGAGGACAUUCCGUCUCCCAGAUUCUCGUUUAACUCCGUUGUAAAUGAUGCAGACAUGCAGAUGACCUACCUCCCCAUGUUCCACGAAUGUGUCAAGGCGGGCACCUUCAACUUGGUCUGCAGCUACAACAGCAUCAAUGGUAUUCCUGCCUGUGCCAGUAAAAAGUACUUAACCGACAUCGUUCGCAAUCAGUGGGGCUUUAAAGGCUACGUCUCCAGUGACGACGGAGCACUUGAGUACCUGCACUCAGCGCACAACUACACAAAAGGCCCGCUGGACUCCACCGUGGCAGCCAUCCAGGCUGGCUGCAACCUGGAGCUGACUGGUUUCAAAACGCCCGUCUACACUCACCUGACGCAGGCCGUGCAGCUGGGCCUGAUCAGCAUAGAGGAGAUGACCACCCUAGUCCGGCCUCUCUUCUACACCAGGAUGAGGCUAGGAGAGUUUGACCCACCUGACAUGAACCCUUACACCAAGCUGAAUGUGGACGAAGUAGUGGAGAGCGCUGAGCAUCAGGAGUUGGCAGUCUCUGUGGCUGUCAGGACCUUUGUCUUGCUGAAACACAUCGGCAACGUCCUGCCCGUUGGCAAGAUUGCAACUCUGGCCGUUGUUGGUCCUAUGGCCGACUCGCCCUAUGACCCCUUUGGGGACUACCCACCGGGCACCUUGCGUGAGUACAUCACUACCACCAGGGAGGGCUUGAAGAGCAUUGCAUCAAUAGUGAAAUAUGCCGGAGGGUGCAGUAGCCCUAGAUGUACUGACUACGAUCCGAAAGAAAUUAUCAGCGCUGUCACAGAUGUGGAUUUUGUUGUUGUGUGCUUGGGUACAGGGACAUCAAUAGAAAGUGAGUCUCGAGACCGCCCGAACAUGGACUUGCCCGGUUCACAGCUACAGCUUCUACAGGACGCUGUCAAAUACGCCGAUGGUCGUCCCGUAGUUCUGCUCCUAUUUAACGCUGGUCCGUUGAACAUCACAUGGGCCGAUGAAAGCCCCGAUGUCCAUGCCAUUGUGGAGUGUUGGCUCCCGGCUCAGGCUACCGGCCUGGCUGUGGCUCGCUUCAUGACCAAUGGCCCAGAGGGCAACCCUGCAGCAAGGCUUCCGUACACGUGGCCGGCUUCUAUGGAAGACGUGCCUCCGAUGACCAACUACAGCUUCUACAACCGUAGCUAUCGUUACUUCACGGGUACACCACUCUACCCAUUUGGCUAUGGUCUGUCCUAUACUGAGUUCACCUAUAACAGGAUUACAGUGUCCAAUCCUCUUCUCAAACCCUGCGAUGAUCUUCAUAUCAGUGUCACCCUGACGAAUGUUGGCCACUAUGCUGGGGAUGAGGUGAUACAGGUGUAUGUUGGCUGGCCAGAUGCAGCCUACCCGGUCCCUAAACUUCAACUGGGAGCAUUCCUCCGUGUGUCAACCACCCCGCAGAAUGAGAUCACCAACUACGUGACUAUCCCAGCCCGUGUUAGGGCGGUCUACAAUGAAACCCUUGUGCUUCAGCCCGGCAAGUUCAUGCUGUACGCCGGUGGUCAGCAACCCGGUCAGAAGAGACGCGUGAGCUCCAAUGUCCUGAUCACUGGUUUCACUGUGGUCGGGCCUGCAACAAAACUCUCAGAGUGCCCUCCUUAAUAAGCAAACAGGCCACAGGCAAAUAUUAGGGGUUGGUGGUGGAGAGAAAUUCGUUGAUUGCAGGACUCUGUCAAAUUUAUAUCUCUCUGAAAUUGUCAUUUUGAACGGGUAAGUGGGAAGAACUUAACCAAAAAUUUGCUUAACAGAAUGUCAGAAGACUUUUUAUUGAGCGAUUCAAAGUUCAAGUUGUCAUCAGUUAUCAAUAUCAUUACUCACCUCUCUUCUUUCAGUUGAAAUUGAUUCAUAGUUAGUGCCGAGCCUACAGUCAGUUAUGGCAGUGGGCAUUUUGCUCUCGUAUACCCAUUUACUGUCGUGACCACGUGAGUGCAGUUACCAGCACUUGGGACAAGAAACAUUUUUGGCACUCCCGUAAAGUAAUUUGACUGCGUAUUUACUUUGAAUCUUCUUUAGCUACUGUAAAGCCCAUGUUUGUUUACUACACAGAUCAGUAUGUCCAAAGCUGGCUCUGUCAACUGAUGAGUAAAAUAACCCAUUAACCCACCUUGUGUCAGACCGGUAUCUAUAAGUUUUAGUAAUUAUAGCAUGUUGACUGGCAACCUUAUUUCACUGACCAACCAUCUGUAUCGUUACACUCAGAAAAAUCAUUCCCAUAUUGGUACAAAAUAAGUCAGUAAUGGGAAAGAGUGAAAAAUCCAAAGUUUGGUUUUUAUGUUAACAAUGAUGAAACAAAAGGUAUUCAAAAUCAACGGAAAAUACAAGGAAUAAUAUGACUUUGAAACUUCAAUGAAAUGACAUUAUUUAACACAUAAUAUGUAUGUAAGUGAAUUUUGCUCUUUCACUUAAUGGAGAUUCGCUAACAUAAACAAUCAUAUGACAAAUCCACCUGUGCCUCCUUUAGUGCACCACAUUAUGGACAAGUUAUCUUAACACGUGCAGCUAUUAGCAAGGAUGAAUAGGGUUGGGGGUGAAUGGUUUUGCAUAUAAACUACUCCAGACCAAAAAAAUGACUGAAUUUUAACUGGAUAUUUGUAAGUUAGUUGUAGGUUUUUUUUUAAAGUUAUGUAGCUGUGUACUCAGAAUUGCCACAAAAAUCUGAAAUUGUGUUUUUCAAACUUAAUAUACAUAAAUGUGGUCUUAGAUGGUAACCUUCAUGAAAUCUUGUGAAAUGGAAUCUAAAAGUCAUGCAUCGUGUUCAUUGUCUAAAGUGUAUUUGUUAAGCAUUUAACUUCCUGGUCUGAUUAGGAGGCCUUUUGAAUAUAUGUAUGAGGACAUGGGUGUUAAGAUAAGUACUAUGUUAGCAGAUCUAAUUCAAGAAUCUUUUUGACUCAAUAUAAACUUUGGAUCAAGCAACUCACCAUAGCUCCCAACAGUUUUUCUUGGUAUGCUAGGAACGAUCUGUCUUUAUGUUCCUCUCAAGUAACAAUGUACAUGUACUUUGCUACUUUUUUUUUCUGAAAUUUUCUAGAAACAGACCAAAAAGGUACAGUAACAAUUUUAUAGGGGUUGUCCCAUCAUUUCCUGAUAUUUUAUUUGGUUUUUAUAAAUUUGGAGAUAUGACAGUGUUAUGCAAUAACCUGUUACUAGCAUUGUGUCUGUAUAUUUUGUGUCAUGUUUAAUUGCAUCAUGUCUGUUUACACAACUUUUGAAGUUUGCUUCAGGUAAAAAUUCAUAUGCUUAUUUCUUCACAGGAAACUGCAGUAUUGAACUUAAAAAACUGACCUUUUUCAUAAUAAAAACUUACUUCCUCGCCAGUGUGUUGAAUCAUCUGCUACUAGAAUGCUUACUGCAUGUAUAGUUUAUUGAAGAGAUAGACAUUACAAUGAGCCACUUCAGUAUUCCAACAGCACAUGCUCAGUCAGUAUUCGGGAACAGCCUCACACGUGUGUGAUAGUUUGUCCUAUCAGCGCAGCCAUACGCUGACUGGAGCACGUGCUUUGUUCCCGAAAGACCCUGGCUUUUUUGAAAUACCGAACUAGCGUAUUCUGUACCUUUCCCGGUAUCUCUUUGUAUUUGCCUCAGUUACACCCUUUAAACUGCUAGAUCAACGAAUAAUGUAUAGUUUCCAUAGUAGUUCUUAGACUUGGCUUUUUAUUGAAAUGUAAUAUUUUGUAGUUUGCAGUGGGGAGUAAGGAUCAAGAUAAAAAUUAAAUAUCAAAUGUUCAGGAUAA